CCCGCCAUGCGUGGCCUCAUGUCCCUCCUGGCACUAGCCAUGGCAGCCCUGCUGGCCGUGGCUUCGGCCAUGGACGGGGCCGUCUCUUCAUCCAUCGGCGGAGCGUACGACAGCGCCCUGUCGACCGGGCGGCGUGACCGGCUGCGCCCCCGGGCACCGGCCGCCGACGCUGGCGACCCCCGUGGCGGGGCCUUCCCCACGCACACGCCCCUUUUCGACCAGGUGGACCAGCUCUUUGUGGACAGUCGGCGCCUGUUGCUGGCUGUCGGCGCGGUGGGUCCCAGCCACGCGCGUAUCCUCUUCCAGCCGCUGGCGGUGGAUCUCCUGCAAGAGGAGGAGGUCCAGGUGCGGGUGGUGUCGAUCACCGACCGGCCGAGCCUCCCCGAGCAGGGAUCCGCCCUGCCGGCCGAUGCCGGCGGGGCCGAUGCGGACAUCGAUCUGGUUGAUCCGCUGGCCGUGGAGACCGGCGACAUGGCCGGCGGGCGCCUGGUCCACGAGACGGUGGUGUCGCUGCGUCAUGCGGCCGAGGCGCCGCAUGUCCUGCGCCUGGCCGGCCUGCAGCCGGCCACCCAGUAUGCCAUUCACUUCCAUGUGCCCGGGCCGCUGGACGCCGGGGUCGAUGCCGCGGAGGCCAUCCGCAGCCGGACCGUGGAGCGUGCCUUCUUCCGGACCCCGGCUGGGCUGUCGGCCGGGGGUGCCAGCCAGGAUGUCGAGGACCCGGAGGCCGAGCCGGCGGUGGCCCCUGGCCGGCAGACGCCUCUGCGCUUUUUGACGGUCUCCUGCAACCGGCUGAACGAGGACCUGGACACGAGCCUGUGGCGCGAGCUGGCCACCCGGGAGCGCCUGUUCGACGCGUCGCGCGGCAACAUCGACCUCUCCCUGCAUCUUGGGGACCAGGUGUAUGCGGAUGCCAUCAGCAAGUCCUUCAUGGCGCGCAUGACGGCUCCGGCGGCCGGCCUCGGCCACCAGGCCCACCUGGAGGCCCUGACGUAUCCGGAGCUGCUGGACAUCUUCCGGCGUCUGUAUCGCGGGGUGUUCGGCCAUGCGGCCGUGCAGCCGGUCCUGCGCCAUGGCAGCACCGUCAUGAUCCCGGACGACCAUGAGUUUGUCAACUCCAUCUCCCCGGAGCUGGUCCGGCCCGGGGCUGUCAUGGCCACGGUCAUGGCCGCCGCCCGGCGGGCCUACCUCGAGUACCAGUACCAAUUGACAUCCGACGCGUUCGACGAAUACGGCCAUGAGUUGCCCCACUUGAAUGAAGGUCACUCCAUCUACCACUUCUUCCGCUGGGCCGAUGUGGCCUUCCUCAUGCUGGAUGUCCGCCUGCACCGGUCGUAUGUGGCCGAUCCGCCGGAGAGCCCGCUCCUCGGAGCCGAGCAAAUGGCUCGCUUCCUGGCCAUGAUGGAGCACAUUCGCACCGACCCAACCGUCAGCCACACAGUCAUCGCGGCAUCCGUGCCGCUGAUCUACUCCGGCGAGGAGGCCGCGCGCAUCGUGUACGCCAUCGAGGAGGACGUCCUGCCCAUGCACCCCUCGGUCCAGGGGGACACCUUCCGCCUGUUGGAUGCCAUCAGCGACCUCGGCGACUCGGCCAGCGUCAUCGGCGGGGACAUUCACAUGUUCAUGGAGGCCGAGCUCACCAAUACCCGAAAUGGCAAGAAGGUCCGGCAGUACGCGACGUCCGGCAUGACGGUCGGCUCCACGGUCGGCGGGUCGCACACUCGCCUGCUGCCCUUCUUUAUCUUCACCUUCCGGGUGUUGCCCCUGCGUGUGGGCCACUGGACCAUGAAGCUGCUCCGUGGUGUGGUCCACCAAAACUACCUCAUCUUCGACAUCAGCCCGCCCACCGGGACCAACGCACAGGUCCGCCUGCGCAUCCAGCCCUUCUUCCUGUCGGAGUGGACCCUGUCUCAGCGCAUCGGCCAGUCCCUCUUCGAGGUGGGCAUUCCGCUGGCGACCACCGCCGCCCUCGGCAUCCUGGCCAUCCUGCUCAUGCGCCGCUUCAACGCCGGGCGCCGCACUGCCACCACCCCUGCCGCACCUUCCAACUAGGAGGCAUGUGUCGAGAGGGGGGGAUCUGCCCCCCAUUUAUGGAAUAUGCCGGGCAAGCCCCCCUCUUGCCCCCGGAGCCGGGCCAGCACACAAAGCGCCCCACUUCUCGGCGCCCAGCCACAGCCCACUCGGCUGCCCGUGUGUGUGUGUGUGUGUG